ACCACGGACCAUGCCCCAGGAAACCAUUUACUCCCCAAAACAAAGUCUCUGUACCUCUCUCUCUCUCUCUCUCUCUCUCUCUCAUGGAUCAUAAUCAUCGCCGCCGACGACUGUACAAUACCCACGUAAAACUACUGGCCUUCGACCUCCUCUCUCUCUCGCAAACCCCCUCUCAUUCUUCCUCAGACCCCAUUUCUUUUUCUCGCAAAGGCGCCCUUCUUUCCCGAGCCGAAACCGUGGGCACCGUCACCUCCCGCGACCUCAAACCCAGCAAGUUCCUCAAAUUCACCAUCGACGAUGGCACUGGUUGCGUCGGAUGCGUUCUCUGGCUCAAUCACCUCGACUCCCCCUACUUCGCUCGCCGCAGCCCGCCAGAUGUUCGACUUAUUGCCGAAGCCGCGAACCGCUUCGCUUCGGAGAUUAGGCUAGGAGUCGUGGCGAGAGUGCGCGGGAGGAUCACCAGCUACCGCGGUACUGUGCAGAUCACGGUGUCAGAUGUGGUGGUCGAGAGGGACCCGAAUGCAGAGACCUUGCAUUGUUUGGAAUGCAUGAAUUUGGCGCGCAACUGUUACGAUGCGUCGGGACUCUAAUCAUGCAGUUUUGUUCAUACUGAUGUCCAUUGCAGAGUGUAAUACCAUGUGUUCUUGAGUUUGGCGAGUUGGAUUCGGUUUUGAAAUUGAAAUGAGAUCCUACAUCAUCUUUGGAUUGGGGUUUGAUUUCAAGCUUCAUUUACGAGUAUAAUUCAGCAAAUUCAUGAUCCUAAGCACGAUUACAAGGAAAUAAAAAUAAUUUAUUUA